AUGCCCUACAACGCAAAUGCCAUUCCUCCUCGCAGAGAGCCCACCGGCCAGACGCAGCUCCCUCUCUCUCGCGUAAAGAAAAUCAUCAACCAAGACUCUGACGUCCACAUGUGCUCCAACAAUGCCGCUUUUGUCAUGACCCUCGCCGCCGAAAUGUUUAUCCAGCACCUGGCCGAAGAAGCCAACACGCAAGCAAAACUGGAGCGUAAGCCUAGAAGGAACAUCCAGUACAAAGACGUCGCCAAUGCCGUCUCGCACCAAGAUCACCUCGAGUUUCUGGAGGACAUUGUUCCCAAGACGGCGCCGUACAAAAAGGUCAAGGCUGCUGCGGAAACUACCCAGGCGCGGCUCCGGGGCGGGAAGGUCCCCGAGCCAGUUCAACAAGAUUAUACGCAAACGGCUAUGGACAGAAGUGGCGGCCUGAUUGUCAACGGAGCGAGCUCUGCGUCCAUGGUCCCUUUGAGGACGAAUGAUAGGCGGGAGGACCCGAGCGAGCAGCUGCGGUUGGCGAUGAGACGAGCAAAUGGUUCAGAGAGGGAUGGCGACAUCACCAUGGCGGGCUAA